AUGGCCUGUCAACUGGCCACUGCAGCCAGAUGUGUGAUGAUGACAACCAAUAUCAUAUUUGUGGUGUUCGGAGUGACGAUCCUAUCCCUCGGAUGUAUACUUAUCACAGGACAGAACCUCACCGCUGGUUACCUGGUGGCGCUGUUCAAUGCACUUCCGGAAGUGUCGGGGUCACUAGGGUCAUUUUUCUCCUACGUAGCAGCGACUAUGAUUUUUGUGGGAGCGGUCAUGUUUCUCCUCGGGAUGCUGGGCUGUAUUGGAGCGUGCGGGGUAAACCCUCGAUUGCUGUACACGUACUCGGGAUUGCUGCUGACCCUGUUGGUCGGGAAGAUGACCGGUAUUAUUGUAUGUACCACUAUGGACACCUGGAUAGACGAGCGGCUAACAGAUGCUCUACAGACGACAAUCAACGACGAUUACGGAGGCGCUGAAGUCACCAAUAGAAUUUCUAACGCCUGGAACUACGCCUUCGUUACAUACAAAUGUUGUGGUAUAAACACGUAUUCAGAUCUCCACUCCGCUACGAAAUGGAAUAGAACCGGAAGUAGUGACGUCAUUCCGGUCACGUGUUGUGUAGUACCAGGAAGUUACCCUAAUUAUGGAAAUCCGUCAGAUCCGACGUGUAAAUCGUCUCCAACUACAGAGAAUUCCUACGCCUCCAACGGCUGUUACGACAAGAUCAAGGAUUUCCUGGAUACGUACGCGGCAUAUAUUAUAGGAGUAGGAAGUGCCAUCUUGUUCCUCGAGCUAAUAACGAUCAUAUCAGCGUUCCUAUUGUCACGACAGAGAAAGAAGACGGAGCCAUUGUCUGGCAAGAAGAAUGUUCACUUCCGGUAACAUCCGGCGACAUCCGGUAGCUGCACAUUUCAAUACAAAUCUCUCAUACUAUCUAUUUAUGUUUUUAUCUUAAAUGUUCCCGAGAUAUUUUCAAGCAAAUUCCUUACAUUAUACAUUAUCUAUAUACCCGGUUAACAUCUCUGGGAAAAUUCAAAUUCAAAAUAUUCAACCAACCGUAGAUCAGUAAUGACAUGGUAGAGUUUGGUUUAAUAUGUGGUAAUGUCAAACGUUUGGAGGACCUCUCUGAUAAGUAGUCGUCACCUUACUUAUAUCUUCACCUUAACACGAUAAUGAAUAUAGACAUGAUGAUUAACCUUGUCACGAUAAUUAACCUAAACACGAUAAUUAGCCUUGUCACGUAAUUAACCUUGUCACGAUAAUUAGCCUUGUCACGUAAUUAACCUUGACACGAUAAUUAACCUAAACACGAUAAUUAGCCUUGUCACGUAAUUAACCUUGUCACGAUAAUUAGCCUUGUCACGUAAUUAACCUUGACUCGAUUAUUAACCUAAACACGAUAAUUAGCCUUGUCACGUAAUUAACCUUGUCACGAUAAUUAGCCUUGUCACGUAAUUAACCUUGACUCGAUAAUUAACCUUGACACGAUAAUUAACCUUGACACGAUAAUUAACCUUGUCACGUAAUUAACCUUGUCACGAUAGUUAGUCCUAACGUAUUAUCUUCUGUAAUUGUACAUGUGUUGAUGUUCAUUAAUAUUAAAGCAUUUUGACAGCGA